GCGCAAUCGAAGAAAAAAGAGUGUCGCACGUCGGCCUCAAACCCCGAGCCCACCGAGCCGAGCGGGUCAUCAGGUACGCCCCGCCGCCGCAGCCGCCGCCCCACCACUCCAAAGUGCAGUUGCAGUGCAGGGUCCGGGGCCGGGGACGCCUCCGAUACUCCGACGCACAUGGCAGUCAGCAGCAGCCCUCCGCGUUUCCCGCACGAUAAACUUCUCCAGACCCCAGUUCUCCAGACUCCAGAUCUCGCAAAAACUCUGUCCAGAUUGACUGUCCGGGGGUUCAGGCAGGGCCAGAGUUUACCACCAUGGGCAGCAUAUCGCGGGAUGAGUAUGUCGGCAGCAUCGACCAGGGCACCACAUCGACGAGGUUCCUCAUCUUUAACACGGCUGGGGAGCCCGUCGCCAGCCAUCAGAUGGGAUUCAAAAACAUACAUCCCAACUCAGGAUGGCACGAACAGGACCCCUAUGAACUGCUACAGACCGUCGAGACGUGCAUAGAAAAGGCAACGGAGCAGUUCCGCUCAAGGGGCCACGACCCCGGCACCGUCCGCGCCGUCGGCCUCACCAACCAGCGCGAGACACUCGUGCUCUGGGACCGCACCACGGGCGAACCCCUGCAUAACGCCGUUGUCUGGCCCGACACGCGGACGGCGCACCUGGUCCGAGAGCUCAAGGCGCGCGAGGGCGCCGGCCGCCUCCAGGACCUCUGCGGCCUGCCGCUCUCCACGUACCCCUCGAGCGUCAAGCUGCUGUGGCUGCUGCGCAACAUCGAUGCCGUCCGGGAGGCCUAUGACGACGGCCGCCUCGCCUUUGGUACCGUCGAUACCUGGCUUAUCUAUAAGCUUAAUAGCAGGCGCGUGUACGUGACAGACGCCACCAACGCGAGUCGCACCAUGUUCAUGAACCUGCGCACCCGCGAGUACGACGACGAGCUCCUCUCCUUCUUCGGCGUCGACCGGUCCAAAAUGUCCCUCCCCGAGAUCGUGCCCUCGUCGCACCCCACCGCCUUUGGCGCGCUCGCACGCGGGCCCCUCGCCGGCGUGCCCAUCACCGGCUGCCUCGGCGAUCAGUCGGCCGCCCUCGUCGGCCAGCGCGGCUUCAGCCCCGGCCAGGCCAAGAACACGUACGGCACCGGCUGCUUCCUCCUCUACAACGUCGGCUCGGAGCCCGUCAUCUCCAAGAGCGGCCUGCUCGCCACGGUCGCCUACGACUUCGGCGAGCCCGUCUACGCCCUCGAGGGCAGCAUCGCCGUCGCCGGCUCCGGCGUCACCUUUCUCCUCAACAACCUCGGCCUCAUCGAGAGCUCCAAGGCGAUUGACGAGGUCGCCCUCUCCGUCCCGGACAACGGCGGCGUCUACUUUGUCACAGCCUUUUCCGGCCUCUUUGCGCCGUACUGGAUCGACGACGCCAAGGGGACCGUCUUCGGCAUCACGGCGCACACGCAAAAGGGGCACAUUGCCCGCGCGACGCUCGAGGCCACGUGCCACCAGACGGCCGCCAUCCUCGACGCCAUGGCCGCCGACUCGGGCCACGCGCUCGAGCUGCUGGCCGUCGACGGCGGCCUCUCCAACUCGGACCUCUGCAUGCAGACGCAGGCUGACCUGUGCGGCAUCCCCGUCGACCGCCCCGCCAUGCGCGAGACGACAGCCCUGGGCGCCGCCUAUGCCGCGGGCCGCGCGGUCGGCAUCGAGGUCCUCGGUGACAGCGGCAUGACGCGCUUCGAGCCCAAGAUGGACGCCGCCAAGCGGGAGCGCAUGCGCGGCGACUGGGCGCGCGCCGUCGACAUGAGCAGGGGGUGGGUGCGCGAGUAGAAGGCUCUGAGCGCGGAUCGAGGCCCAUGUAAAGACGCCGGGCGUGAAUUGGAUACAAGCCUGAGCGGUGCAGCGCGCCAAGCUGAGGUCAUCGAGCUGAAUAUCGAUAUGCGAAGCGACUAGGCGGUAGGAGCGUCACGAAACUAGAACGGGUCAACGGCAUGAGGGUUCGGAGCAAUUGAUGGGGAGUGGGUGGGUUUUGAAUUUUGUGUAACUCGAAC